GAAAGGUAAGUACAAAGAGCGCCAGCGACCUCGUUGCUAUUUUUAGUCGCGAGGGGUCGAGAAUAAGCUCGUUCCAUUUCCAACUUCUUUUGAAGUUGAAAUGGGACGAAACGAAACCUAGGCGUUUGUUUCUAGGAGACUCCAUGAAUGGGUUUGUUGCGAUGAUAGUCGGUCGCAAUAGAUAGAGAGAAAAAAAUCGGAAGCUCUCCGAAGUAUUCUGAAACCUGUCAAAUAAAGAACAUGUUGCGGGAGAUGUGGUGAGAGUUUUAAUACAAUAAUUAUAUAUAAGUAGUCGCGCGUUAUUCUUUGGUGCUAUCCGUACAAACAAACAAUCAUGGCAUCAUCACGACUGGCUAUGCCAGCGACAGCAGCGUCGCGAUCACCACCAGCCUUACCAGGCCCAUCUUCCCUAGUCAACCCCGCUCCUCCUCCCGCUCCCAUCACGAUAAUGGGUCACGAAAUCACCAGCCUCUGCAGUCCUUCUCGCUUUGACUGGUCUCCUGCGCAAAAAAACCAAAUUACAAACUUUACAAUCGAUCAAAAAAUAACCAAAGAACAAUGUUCCAGAAAUAAAAAAGAUCAGAUAGAUUCCGCACGAUUUGAUCCACUUUUCACAAUUUUGGGUUUUGACAAAUUUAGAGAUCUGAGGAAUGGGAAAGGGGAGGCCGUGAGGGAUAUUGUGGAGGAAAAAUUGAGGACGAGAAUGUGGAAGAGUUGGGAGGGGAAUGGGAAGGUGGAUAAGGUUCAUCAGGAGGCUAUUUUGAGUGGGAUACAUAUGCAAGGGGGGCCGGAAGAUGCAGCUUUGGAGGGUGUUUUGAGAAGAACAGAUCAGAGAUUAGUAUUCAGUGGGCAGGACAUUGAUAGGGGUAGAGAUGUAGGGAGAAGGGGAAGUGCACCUUUGAAUGCACCAAGCAUUCCUCUUUCAGGCCUAUCAUCUCAACCCCCUCAGCCAAUCCAGGCAUUUCAGCCCGCUCAGCCGAUCCAGGCACCUCAACCUGCUCCGACAAACCAAGGUCCUUCAUCCUCUGAUCCCUAUCGUCAUCUGUCAAAGGUUGAAAAAGUGAAAUUGAGAGACGAUAUGGUGAAUGAGGAAAACAGGAGGAGAAAAGGGAAAGGAAAGAAGAGAUCAUAUCAAAUUGGUGCCACGAUACACGAAGAUAUUGAGCCUCAUCAUGAGUCCCGCUUUCCUGAUCCAUUGCCAGGGCUUCGUGUUCCAAACCCUGCUCCUAAUUCCGCUUUUGCUACUGGAUCACAAUCUCAAGGUCAAGAUCAAUCGAGUCGGAGUGUUACGCAAAUUUAUGCUCCUAUUACAGAGGCACACUCGCGCCAAUCUCAAGAUCAAGGUCAAUCGAGUCAAGUACCCCCCGGAGAUAAUAGUAGUGGAUUCAAAACAACCGUUUUCAAAACGAUGAAUCAAUUGCUUGGAACUGCUACUGAUGCUUGGAGGGGAGAUGGAGAUAGUGGAGGCAUAGGUGAAGGCGAACACAGAGAGAACGAUGGAGAUAGGGGUAGUCCAUCAACAAGUGUUCAUGCACCUCCUCAAUUAUCUGCUCCAGCUACAGAUAAACUUGGUAGACAGUCUUCUAUAUCUCAAUCCUUUGCGUCAUUAUCGAUCCACGAUGGUCCGGUCGAAGGUUUGAUUGGAUCUCAGCAGCAGCAGCAGCAGCAACAAGGCUUUCGCUCGGCUCAAAUUCCACCCGCAAUUCCAUUCCAAACACAAAUUUCUCAAGCUGCUUACAUGGAGUCAUUUGGUAAUCAUCCUAUGAAUUCCGGAAUGGGUGCAUUGCGAAAUUUACAAUCCCCACCUCAAGCUCUUGGAAAUCAGCAACAGCAAGGCUCUUAUAAUCCUUUGAGAUCGCAGCCUUUGAAUCAUGAUGAUGCUAAUUCAUUUAUGGCUCCUGGAAAUCAUGGAUGUAAUACUCCUCAGCAAAAUAGCAAUAGUCAUUUCGCGGUUCAUCAGAACUAUGGGACUAAUACAUUCGCAUCUCCACAAUACAAUGGAAAUGCCCGUCCAUAUCAUAACGAUCCUAAUGCUGCUGGCCCCCAACUUUAUAACGUCAACCCUGCUGCGAUUUUUCAUAACUUCAACGCUCCCGCUGCUCCCCAAAAUUAUAAUGUCAAUCCUGCUGCGGUUCCUCAUAACCUCAACGCUCCCGCUGCCCCUUUCCUCAUAAAUCCUCCGGCUAAUCUCAACCCUACACCACCUAACUUCUCUUCCUUCAUCCGUAGCACUCAAGAAAGCUAUACGCAAUCACUAGCACAGGAUAAAGCAUCAUUGGAGGCACAAAAAGCGGCACUCCAGGCUUAUCAUCAAGGAUUGAAGGAUAGGGAAAAGGAUAGAAGGUUCGCAUUCUUGGAAAAUGUAUGUAGAAAUGCGAGAUUAGGAGAGACUGAGAUUUAGAUGUAUUAGACUUUAGUUUGGCGUUUUUGGGGGGAAAUAGGCAGGCGAGAUUGAAAGAGAAUGUUAUUUUGAUAGAUUAGAUUUCAAUUUAUGUUUUGGGAGUUUUGACUUUUGUCUUUACUA